AUGAUUACUGGAAAGACAUCGUGGAUAGGAACAAGGCAAGUGUUGUGCUUUUUUGCCGUGUCCUGCUUUGCAAAUUUGAUUUCUGGACAAAUCCGCUACAGAAUUCCGGAAGAACUAAAGCAUGGAGCUUUUGUUGCCAAUAUUGCUGAUGAUUUAGGUUUAAAUGUCAGUAAGCUAAGCGCCAGAAGACUGCGUAUCGUGUCUAGUGCUUCUACGCAAUACUUAGAGGUAAAUUUGGGCAAUGGCAUUUUGUUCGUGAAUGAAAAAAUAGAUAGGGAGCAGCUCUGUGGUCUGAUUCUUACUUGUUUUCUACAUUUGGAAGUUGUUAUCGAAAAUCCUCUCGAGCUGUACCGUAUUGAAGUGGAGAUUCUGGAUAUAAAUGAUAACUCACCAACUUUCUUGAGGAAGGAUAUCUUUUUGGAUAUUAUAGAAUCGGCUUUGCCAGGGACAAGAUUCCCUCUCGAGAGCGCUCACGACCCAGACGUGGGCACUAACUCAGUUCACACUUAUUGGCUCAGUCCAAAUGACCAUUUUACCUUGGAUGUGGAGACACGAAGUGAUCGCAGCAAAUUUGCAGAGCUAGUGUUGGAUAAAAUGCUGGACAGAGAACAACAACAGGCCCAUCAUCUAGUUCUGGCGGCUGUUGACGGUGGGAUUCCAAAGCGGUCUGGUUCUGCCCUGAUCACUGUUAAUGUCCUGGACGCCAAUGACAAUUUACCUGUGUUCGAACAGGCAAUUUACAAAGUUUCCUUGGAAGAAAACGCACCCAAGGGGGGGUUAAUAUUAACAUUGAACGCCAGCGAUUUAGACGAAGGCUCCAAUAGCGAGAUCGUAUAUUCUUUCAGUAGUCAUACUCCGCCGAGAGUGCGCGAACUGUUUAACGUGGACUCCCAUACAGGUGAGAUUCGAGUUAAAAGUAAUAUAGAUCACGAAGAACUGAAUACGUACGAAAUCUAUAUUCAAGCCAAGGAUAAAGGUGGCCCCUAUGCAAUACCUGUGCAUUGCAAGAUUCUUGUAGACAUAGUUGAUGUGAAUGACAAUGCGCCUGAAGUGAUCCUGACUUCGUUGUCAAGUCCAGUGAUGGAAGACGCCAUGAUCGGGACAGUGAUUGCUCUCAUUAGUGUUACCGACCGAGAUUCUGGGGAAAAUGGGCAGAUUAACUGUGAGGUUGUUCAGGACGUUCCAUUUAAGCUUCAGUCGUCUUUUAAGAAUUAUUACACAUUGGUGACGACCGCUCCUCUGGACCGUGAAAGGGUACCAGAAUAUAACAUCACAAUUACGGCCACUGAUUCAGGAUAUCCUUCUCUUUCUACCAACAAAUCUAUAUUUCUAAAGGUUUCAGACGUGAAUGACAACGCUCCAAGGUUUUCGAAAUCUUCAUAUACAGUGUAUGUCACGGAAAACAACGCACCUGGCGCUACCGUUUGCUUCGUGACAGCAUUGGACCCUGAUUCGAAUCAAAACGCCUAUCUAUCUUAUUCUAUCAUGGACAGCACGAUCCACGGAUUACCUUCCAGAACCUAUGUCUCAAUCAAUUCGGAUAAUGGUAACGUUUACGCAUUACGUUCAUUCGACUACGAACAACUAACAGAUUUCCAAAUCCAAAUCCAAGCUCAGGAUGCUGGAUUUCCACCACUCAGUGGCUCUACCAAAGUAAAUGUGAUCAUCUUGGAUCAGAAUGACAACGUUCCUGUGAUUGUGUCCCCACGGCCAAGGAACGGUUCAGUUGCACUACAGAAGCUGUCGCAAUCUUUUCACCCGGGGCAGUUACUGAUCAAAGUCAUUGCCACAGACGCCGACUCUGGGCAGAAUGCAAAGCUCUCCUAUCAAUUAUUGCAAGCAACAGAUCCUACGUUAUUCAACGUGGCACUCCACACAGGAGAAAUAAGGACGACCCGGCGUUUGAGAGACAGAAAUGUCCCUAAGCAAACUCUGCUCAUCCUGGUGAAAGAUAACGGGCAACCUUCGCUUUCAGCCACGGUCUCCAUCGUAUUUUCAAUAAUGGACAACAUUACAGAUAAUCCGCCAAAAAUCAGUAAUUUGCCUGAGAAUGCAGAGCAAAAUUCCGCUUUAUUAUUUUAUAUAAUUAUCACAUUGGGAUGCAUUUCAUUUGUAUUCAUUGUGGCCAUUAUUAUCGUCGCUACCAUCAAGUACUACCAAUACAGAAACAAUGCCCAUAGCUGCAACACCACCGUCGGGAAUUGUUGUUGCAUUCAGCAUUUGAAUUCGGCAGAUGUUCUGCAAACAUCUAAAACAAAUCCCCAAGUAACGACCAAUCCCAAAGCGCCUCCUGACUUUUUGGAGGUAGGUGGAAGUGGGACUGUCUCACAGGCCUAUUAUUACAAGGUGUGUUUGACCCCUGAAUCUGCGAGGAGUGAUUUUACUUUCCUCAAACCGUACAGCCCAGGAAAGCCCAAAGGUCGAACAAGCUGUAGUGACCCGGGUGGAGUGGAAUGGAAAGGAUAUUCACCAAAACCUUCAAACACUGAUGUUUCAACUGCCAAUGUCAAUAGGAAAAUCAUUAAAUUUCGCGAGUGGAAUGGAAAUAUAACCAAUCAGGCCCGGUCCUUAUUCACUUUGCGACAGGCUAACCUGGCCGAGAUGGAGUUCCACAGAGCAUCCUAUUUUCGGCCAGAAUACAUGAAAUGUUUGCUGAAGUAUCCGGACUCUGAAGGAGAGAUACUCGGCGCCAAAACUGGUGUGACAUCAUCACUCGCUGUACGUUUUGAUCUCCAUCUAGUGGCUGAAACCUGUAAUUAUAGCUUCAACAUUUUAAGGCACCGACCUACACAGGGACGAAUGGCUCGUUUAACAUUCUGGUCAUUUUAUGUGCAGUCUCUUUAUUUGAUAUUCGGCCAAUCUGUAUACUCAGUUUACGGGACCAUUCGCUAUUCGAUUCCCGAAGAAUUGCAGAAAGGUACUAUUGUUGGGAAUAUUGCAAAAGACCUCGGUCUAGAUGUACGGCAGCUCUCCGUUCGGAAGUUUCGGAUUGUAACGGAAAAGCACAAGCAGUAUCUGGAUGUAAAUUUUGAAAACGGACUUUUGUUCGUCGAAGAGAAAAUAGACCGGGAACAGCUCUGUGAACCGAUAUUCGCAUGUGUGUUGACUUUGGAAGCUGUGACUGAGAAACCAUUUAAUUUAUAUCAUAUUGACGUUGAGAUUAUCGACAUAAACGACAAUCCACCCGCGUUCCAGAAAGGCGAGAUCCGUUUUGAAAUACCAGAGGUUGCUUCGCCCGGAGCCCGCUUUCCACUUCAAAAAGCGCACGACCCUGAUUCUUCAAGCAACAGCGUCCACACUUACCGACUAAGCCAAAAUGAUUUCUUUGCUUUAGAACUACAAAACAAUAGCGAUCAAAUAAUUACUCCAGAGCUCAUCCUCCAAAAAGCCUUAGAUAGAGAGCAGCAAGCGACUCAUCGGUUAACAUUAACCGCAAUCGAUGGAGGAUCCCCAAGCAAAUCAGGAAGUACGCAGGUUAUGAUAAGCGUUUCUGAUAUCAAUGACAAUGCACCGGUUUUCGAUGAGAAUGUGUAUCAAGUUGUUAUUCCUGAAAACGCAAAGAAGGGCUCUUUAAUUGCAAAGGUUAAUGCUAUAGAUUUAGACGAGGGAAUAAAUGGUGAAAUAGUAUAUUCUUUCAGCGAUGACACUGGUGAUAAAAUACGUAAACUGUUCAGCAUUAAUCCUGAGAAAGGAGAGAUCAGAGUAAAUGAAAUGAUUGAUUUCGAGGAGAUGGAGAAUUACGAGAUGACAGUGCAAGCAAAGGACAGAGGCGCUGCAGGAAUACCAUCGUAUUGCAAGGUCCUAGUAAAAGUUACUGAUGUUAAUGAUAAUGCUCCCAAAAUUAUGAUAAAUUCUGUGCAUGCCCCGAUUCCAGAGGACGCCCCUAGAGGGACAUUAGUAGCCAUUUUGAAAGUAACGGACAGAGACUCCAAACAAAGACAGGAGGUUUAUUGCCAUGUUUCCAAGGAUGUUCCCUUUAAACUUGACAGCUCUUUGAGUAACUAUUACACAGUGGUUACUGAUGGUGUCAUAGAUCGUGAAAAGGUGCCUGAGUAUAACACUACAAUUACAUGCACGGACACAGGCAACCCCCCGCUUUCGACUAAAAAGACCAUCCCCGUGCAAAUAUUGGAUGUAAAUGAUAAUGUACCACGCUUUACGCAGCCUUCUUUUACAAUGUAUGUGACGGAAAAUAAUGCUAUGGGCGCGUCAAUCGGAUUUCUAUCGGCAGUUGAUCCAGACAGUAAUGAAAAUGGCCGACUCUCGUAUUCCAUCCUGGAUAGUUCAGUUCAUGGUGUGCCUGUGUCCGCAUUCGUCUUUGUUGAUUCAAACAGCGGAGUGAUGUUUGCGCAACAAAAAUUCGAUUACGAGCAACUUCACGAUCUUCGGCUUUCUGCGCAAGUAAUGGAUAACGGGUCCCCACCGCUCUCCAGCAACGUAACUGUAAACGUGAUCAUAGUCGAUCAGAAUGAUAACGCCCCCGUGAUCCUAUCACCACUGGCAAAUCAAGGCUCAGCAGCAGAGGAGACCAUGCCCAGAUCUGCUGAUCCGGGUUAUCUUGUGAUUAAAGUGACAGCUACAGACGCUGAUUCAGGACAGAACGCCCAUCUAUUUUAUCAGCUUGGCCAGCCUACUGAUGAAAGUUUGUUUACCGUGGCUUCCGAAUCAGGAGAAGUAUGGACUAUCCGCCGCUUUGACACAAAAGAUUCACUGAAACAGAAAAUCGUGAUCCUGGUCAGAGAUAACGGAAAACCUUCACUUUCUUCAACAAUCAGUAUCAACUUGUCAUUGCUGGAAACUGAUCAUGCAAGUGCAUCUGAUGUCGUUGCGCUGAGGAACUCUGAAUUUUGGGCACAUGGUGCCAGAGUGUACUUGAUAAUUUCUUUUGGGAUAAUCUCCUUUGUCUUUCUUGUGGCUAUUGUAAUCCUCGCCAUUAAAGUUCACAAAGGCGCACAUGAAGAUCAUGGCGACUGUUGUUCCUCGCAGAUACUGUUCUGUGCUGUGCGAAGAGAAUCACUGCGAGGCGUUCAAAAGGCCAGUGCGGAUAUUCCAAUUCCAAUUAAUUACCAGGAUGUGCACGAAAGAGCACCCUUCCCUCAAACAGUUCGAUAUGGCGGGUGUCCGACUUCAAAUUCAGUCGCGAAGGACUUCACGCUGUUAAAGUUACAUGCUCCGCUGGAAUCAACGAUCACUGUGAAAGAUGGCUCUUUGCUAAUAGAUCACACUGCAAAGGAGCCCUUUUCUACUGUGAAGGAAACCAUUCAAACUCACCAGUUAGGUCGCUUUACUGACCAUCCCCGGCUGUAUUACCGAGACGCAUACUGGCGCCUUGUUUAUUUCAUGCUUAUCAUCUUGAUGUACCCUGCGUCGGGCAUCAUUCGCUACUCAAUUCCUGAAGAAGGAGAGACUGGUGCCUUUGUUGGUGAUAUUGCGAAGGACCUGGGGUUAUACACAGGAGAACUAUCGUCGCCCAAGUUUCGAAUAAGGUCCGCAAACGGAAAACAAAUGGUAUUUUUGCUAAAUUACCGCGAAUCGCAAUGUCUGGUGCAUUACUUGAUUCUUAUAUACCUCUCCGAGUCUGGACAUGGAAACAUUCGCUACUCAAUUCCUGAAGAGUUAGAGGUUGGUGCCUUUGUUGGGGAUAUUGCUGAAGACCUCGGCUUGGAUGUUAAACAAUUGUCCGAGCGCAUGUUUCGGGUUGCAUCUGAAAAUAAAAGACAAUAUUUAACAGUGAAUUUAAAAACUGGAGCUUUGCUUAUAAAGGAAAAAAUAGACAGAGAGCAGCUUUGUGAACAAGGCCUCAGUUGCGUUUUAAUGUUGGAGGCGGUGAUCGAGAAUCCACUUAAAAUUUAUCGCAUUGAAGUAGACAUUCUCGACAUAAACGAUAACGCCCCAAUUUUCCAGAGAAAGGAAGUUAACCUGGAAAUAUCUGAAUUGACGCCGCUUGGAAUGAUCCUUCCACUUCAGAGUGCUGUUGAUCCGGACACAGGAACCAACAGUGUUCGCUUCUAUCAACUGAGCCCAAACCAGCAUUUCACAUUGAAAUCACAAUCAGACGGCGGGCAAGCUGGCAUCCCAGAACUGGAACUGCAGCGAAAUUUAGACCGAGAGCAAGAACCGAAUCUUGAACUAACGUUAACGGCGUUUGAUGGAGGGAAUCCGAAGAAAUUCGGAACCGCACAAAUUAAAAUUACUGUAAUUGAUGUAAAUGACAACGCUCCCGUUUGUGAACAAAGUAUCUAUCACAUUACGAUUGCAGAAAAUACACCCAAAGGUACUUUGAUUGUGAAAGUAACUGCCGUUGAUAGAGACGAAGGCCUUAACGGCGACGUAAUCUAUUCUUUCAGUGAUCACACUCCUGAUAACAUCCGUGAGGCCUUUACCUUAGAUAAGGCCACCGGCGAAAUUAGGCUUACUGGAAUCGUGGACUUUGAAGAAUCAGAUCGUUACCAUAUUUCAGUACAAGCUAAAGACAGGGGCCCACAUUCAGUCGCAGUAUACUGCAACGUUUUGGUAACGGUUACUGAUAUCAACGAUAAUUCUCCUGAGAUAAUCAUGACAACCACAUCGAGCACGAUUCCAGAAAAUGCUUCACCGGACACUGCCGUAGCUGUUCUUAGAAUUACAGACCGAGAUUCUCAAAAUACAGCAGAGGUUUCCUGCGUAAUUCGCAGAGAUAUCCCGUUUAAGCUCACAAAUUCUGUAAAUAAUUACUAUACGUUAGUCACACAGGGACUAAUAGAUCGUGAAAUGGUAUCAGAGUACAAUAUUAUAAUUAUAUGUAAGGAUGCUGGAUCCCCUCCACUGUCGACGAGCAAAGCAAUAAAAGUUCAAGUUUCGGAUAUAAAUGACAAUGCGCCACGGUUUACGCAGCCUUCCUUCACCAUGCAUAUAACAGAAAACAAUGUCAUUGGUGCUUCAAUUGGUUCUGUAUCAGCCAUUGAUCCAGAUUCCAAUCAAAAUGCCGAACUUUCAUAUUCUAUUUUGGAGAGCCUAAUGGACAAUGUGCCUGUAUCCACAUUCAUCUCCAUAAACGCUGUCAACGGUGUGAUCUUCGCUCGCCAAUCUUUUGAUUUUGAACAAAUAACAAGUUUUGAAGUUCACGUGAAAGUGACGGAUGCUGGAUCUCCUCCACUCAGCAGUAAUGUUACUGUCAAUGUGAUCGUCGUGGACCAGAAUGACAAUGCCCCUGUGAUUGUGUCGCCUUUGCCAGUGGAAGGAACCGCAGUAGAGGAAACAAUACCGAGAUCCGCUGACCCGGGUUACUUAGUGACAAAGGUUACAGCUACGGAUGCCGAUUCUGGUACGAACGCCAAACUUUCUUACCAACUUCAUCUCUCCAGUGACGAAAGUCUAUUCACAGUGGCUCAGGAAACAGGAGAAAUAUGGACCAUUCGCCACUUUACACGCAAAGAUUCACACCGGACAAAAAUCGUAAUUUUGGUGAGGGACAAUGGAAAGCCAUCCCUUUCAUCGACACUAACUAUCAAUGUAUCUCUACAGGACGAUACAACAGAAAUUGUAUCAAACACUGGAAGUUUGGGGACCACUGGAGCAUGGAAAUCCGAUUUGAAAUUUUACCUGAUGAUUUUAUUUGGUACAACCUCAUUUAUUUUACUCUUGGCUAUUGUUUUUCUCGGCAUUAAGGUGUGCAGAGGCAGAAAUGAGGUCAUCAAAGAUUUUUGCUGCUUCUCACGGAGAAACUCUCUCCAUGGAAUUCAAAGGGCAAGCGUAAACCUGCAGAUACCACCUAAGUAUACCCAGUCUUAUGACAACGCGAAUCUUCCACAGCAAUUUCGCUAUGAUCCCGUCAUGAAUGAUUUACUGUUCCUAAAGUUACAUGAUUCGGCUGCAUCAAUGAUUGAUGUGAAGACUGGGACUUGUGUUGCUGCAGAACAUAAAAAGGCAUUAAUUUCUAGAAGCAAGGACACGGAUUGCAAGACAAUGGCCUUUAUGCGUAACUGCCGAGUAUCACAGUGGUCAUGUAUUUAUUUGAGUCUUGUGUAUCUCACCGAUCCGGUUUUUGGAAAUAUUCGCUACUCAAUUCCUGAAGAAUUAGAGAUUGAUACCGUUGUUGGGAAUAUCGCUGAAGACCUCGGUUUAGAGGUUACGCAGAUGUCAGAGCGCAGGUUUCGGAUUGCUUCUGAAAACGAAGGACAAUACUUAACCGUGAAUUUAGAAACUGGAAAUUUGCAUAUCCAGGAAACAAUAGACAGAGAGAAGUUAUGUGAACAAAGCCUCAGUUGCAUUCUAAUGUUACAAGCGGUGAUAGAGAAUCCACUUAGAAUAUACCGCAUUGAAGUUGACGUUCUCGACAUAAAUGAUAAUGCGCCAGUUUUCCAGAGACAGGAAGUUAACCUGGAAAUAUCAGAAAUGACAGCACUUGGAACAGCCUUUCCACUCCAGAGUGCGGUUGAUCCGGAUGCUGGAACAAAUUGUGUUCAUUCCUACCAACUGAGUCCAAACCAGUAUUUCACAUUGAAAACACAGCCAGAUGGUGGGCAAAAUGGCAUCCCAGAACUGGUGCUGCAGCGAUAUUUGGACCGAGAAAAAGAAUCGAAUUUUGGAUUAACAGUAACGGCAUUUGAUGGAGGGAACCCGAAGAAAUUCGGAACCAUGCAUAUUAAAAUUAAUGUAGUUGAUGCGAACGACAAUGCCCCGGUUUGCGGUCAAGACAUUUAUCAAAUUACGAUUUCAGAAAAUGCACCCACAGAUACAUUGAUUGUGAAGGUAACUGCCGCGGAUACGGACGAAGGUCUGAACGGUGAUGUAAUCUAUUCAUUCAGUGAUCACACCCCUGACAAAUUACGUGAAGUAUUUAGCUUAGACUCAAUUACUGGUGAAAUCAGAGUUAACGGCACGUUGGACUUCGAAGAAUCAGAUCGUUACCAGAUUUCAGUACCAGCAAAGGACAAAGGCUCACAUCCGCUGGAAGUGCAUUGUAACGUUUUGGUAAUGGUUACUGAUAGUAACGACAAUUCCCCAGAAGUGCUAUUUACCAUUACGUCGAACACGGUCGCAGAAAACGUUUCACAGGACACUGUCAUAGCUGUUCUCCGAAUUGUAGACCGAGAUUUUAAGAAUACAGCAGAGGCUUCUUGCAGAAUCUCGCGAACUGUCCCUUUUAAGCUAAUCACUUCAUUUAAUAAUUACUACACAUUAGUAACAGAUGGUGAUAUAGAUCGAGAAGUUAUACCAGAGUACAAUAUUACAAUUACAUGCACUGAUAAUGGGUUCCCUCCACUCUUGACCACAGAAACCAUCCGAGUUCAAGUUUCAGAUAUAAAUGACAAUGCGCCACGUUUUACGCAGCGUUCCUUCACCAUGCACAUAGCAGAAAACAAUGUUAUUGGUGCUUCAAUUGGUUCUGUAUCAGCUGUUGAUCCAGAUUCCAAUCAAAAUGCCGAACUUUCAUAUUCGAUUUUGGAUAGCCUGAUACAAAGUUUGCCUGUUUCCACGUUCGUCUCAAUAAACACUGUCAAUGGCAUGAUGUUUGCUCGCCAAUCGUUUGACUUUGAACAAAUAACAAGUUUUGAAGUCCGUGUGAAAGUGACGGAUGCUGGGUCACUUCCACUCAGCAGUACUGUAACUGUCAAGGUGAUCGUCAUGGAUCAGAAUGACAAUGCCCCUGUCAUUCUGUCGCCUUUGCCAAUGAUAGGAUCUGCAGUAGAGGAAACAAUACCCAGAUCCGUCGAUCCCGGUUACUUAGUAACAAAGGUGACAGCCAUAGAUGCUGAUUCUGGUAUGAAUGCCAAAAUUUCUUAUGAAAUUCAUCAGCCUAGUGACGAAAGCCUUUUCACUGUGGCUCAGGAAACAGGCGAACUAUGGACUAUUCGCCACUUCACACGCAAAGAUUCAAUCCACAUAAGAGUUGUAAUUUUGGUGCGGGACAACGGCACGCCAUCCCUUUCAUCGACAGUUACUAUUAAUGUGCAUGUAGAGGAUAAAACAGAAAAUGCAUCAAACACUGAAAUGUUGGAGACCACUGGACGAUGGAAGUCUGAGUUCAACCUUUACCUGAUGAUUUUAUUUGGCACAACCUCAUUUGUUUUGUUCCUGGCUAUUGUAUUUCUCGGUUUUAAAGUGUGCAGUAGUAGAUAUGAGGCGAACGAAGGUUGUUGCUGUUGGAAUACGUUAUGUUUCUCCCAGAGGAAUUCUCUCCAAGGAAUUGAAAAGGCAAGCGUUAAUCUGCAGAUAGCGCCCAAGUGUACAGAGGCUUAUGAAAACGAGAAUCUUACACAAAAAAUUCGCUAUGAAACCGUUAUGAAUGAUUUACUGUUCCUUAAGUUACACGACUCAGCUGCAUCAAUGAUUGAGCUCAAGACAGGGACAUGUGUCGCUGAAAAACAUGAAAAGGCAUUAAUCUCUACAAAUAGGGCAACAGAUUACGAGGCAUACAACAGCAGACAGCGGGAUUUGGAGCAAUCCUCCAUUGAAAGGUGCUCUUCAGGACAAUAUGGGAUAGGAUUGUGUACUUCGGAUAAAUGCGAAGUGGAACCUGAUCCCAGAAGGCUCGUAGAAAUACAUUCUCGUGCCUUGUAGGAGCUCUGAAUGGGUAUAUAGUGAUUCGAAUUAAUAAUGUUUUGUCGGUAUGGUGAGAAGGUUGAAAAAAUGUAUUUGGUCUGCUUACUCUGGCUAACUUACGCAAUGUUAGGCAAACUUGCAGCACAUUAUGCUCCAAGAUGAAUAACUUCUGUACAGUCAAAUUGCAUGCUUCCCGAAUGAUUGACAGCAGUGUACGUCAUAAUAAUAUUUGUCUAUAUAUAGGUAUGAAUAAAGGCAACAUCUCAUUACGUAGUUGUUAUUGUGAAUACCCAUCUUCAUAAUGCUCUGGAUUUUUUGCACAGCAAGACUGUCACCUGUAUAUAGCAAUUAAAUAAAAACUGAAAGAAAUGCGAAUGCUGUAAA